AUGCAUUUCGAUUUCAUUUAUCGUAGAUCCGUCGAACAGUAUGGCUCCAAAUCGAUUGGGAAUUUUGACCUCGCCGCUUUCCUAUCAUCGAUCUCCAGUUUCUUGGCCAUGUUCAGUGGUUCCUUCUUCAUUGGUGUCGUUAUUGGUGCCCUGACAGCUCUGCUAACCAAGUUCACUCACAUACGAGAACACCCGUUGCUAGAGACCACUUUGUUUGUCCUGAUGUCCUACAGCACCUUCUUGCUGGCGGAAACGAUAGGUUUCACAGUGUUCCUGUUUUCCGUUCUAUUACAUGACGUACUGUAUCGACUGAGGUUAUUGCAAUUCGCGGCUAGCUCUUGUGCGCUACCGAGCACCCACUGA